CUCUAAGUUACAACUGAUAAAAUUUUGCGACCCUGAAAGUACACUGAAUGUUAUUCCUCCGACAUAAAAAGCUCCAACGCGUUUCUAUCAAGUCUUACUUCACCUGUUCAACCCAUCUCUACCCACGUAUAGGACCCGACCUACCUGUUAUUUUCAGUACUCGCUACUGCAUCAUAGCCUUCAAACUCGUCCGCAGCAAUAUACAUCGUCACAAUGCUUCCACAGCACGGGAUUCUCGAACAAAUGUUCCAUGAGUUCGCAGCCGAGACUGCGGUGUGCACCGUCAUGUCAAGACUCGAAAAUUCCAGAUACAGGCAGUUCUACGAAUGGACAAAGACAAGAAAUCUGGAUUUGCCUCCUGCAGAUAUUCUCGCGAUGUUACAGUCGUCAGUAAUGCGGCUUCCAAAAGUAUCACCAGGGGCCGCGACACGACUAUUGCAAUACAUAACAUUCGAUAACAUUGAUGACUUGUGGCUCCUCAUGACUACUAUGAGUCAGGUCGAACACGGAAAAAUGAUACUUUCGGCUGACGACUCCUCGAGACUCGUUGUAACGUCAGACAUAUACCCUGAGUUGGAAAGGGGAUUUGGCCUACAAGACGAUGACCCACUACCAUGCUUUCUUUCACUGGCACCAAGCAGCCCUUUUGCUAUGGAUAACGACUUGAACCCCAGUUUUCCUCGGUACGGCUUCCGACUUGGCAAACUGGAGAAGCACUGCCCACGACCCGGGGGGCUUGGCAAGGGAGCCGCAGAAGACUAUACAAAUUAUACUGUGGUCAUGGAUAUCCUCGAUCCUGACCGAGCCAUCUGGCUCAUCUGCGACCGAACAGGCGUGGGUGCUGAUACGUCGCUGGAAAGAGGAGAGUCGCUGAUAUUUUCCGGCCUGGCGUACAACUUCGACAGCGCGCGAGUAUUGUCCUCGGUUAGGGAUUUGGCUAAGGCAGCGGGAGGGCAUAGACCGGGCGAAAUCCAGGAAGAUAUUCUGCAAACUGGGAGCAGAGAGCCGAUUACCGCGACACCGGUGUCCAUGAAGGAGAUUCGCAUGGCGAUUCGAAUGUGCAGACUGUUGAGGGACGUGAGCUUAGAUUAA